CAGUCUACUUCCCACUCCAUCGCCAACAAUCUUUUUGCAAAUAAUAUUUCCUUAGUCUUUACUAAUGGAGCUGCAAAUCUUUUCUUUUCCAGUUCUUCUGAGCUUCUUCCUUUUUAUUUUCAUGGUCUUGAGGAUAUGGAAGAAUUCCAACAAAAAAUUGAACCCCCCUCCAGGACCCUGGAAGCUACCUCUUCUAGGAAAUAUUCAUCAACUAGCCACCCCAUUACCCCAUCAACGCCUCAGAGAUUUGGCCAAAAGUUUUGGCCCAGUGAUGAGCAUCAAACUUGGGGAAAUUUCAGCUGUGAUAAUUUCAUCAGCAGAAGCAGCUCAAGAAGUACUAAAAUCUCAGGAUGUCACCUUUGCUGAAAGGCCUGCAUCUCUUGCUUCGAAAUUAGUACUUUACAAUCGCAACGAUAUUGUCUUUGGGGCUUAUGGACCACAAUGGAGACAAACGAGAAAACUGUGCGUGCUGGAGCUGCUAAGUGCCAAACGCAUUCAAUCAUUCAAAUCUGUAAGGGAAGAAGAGGUAGACGAGUUUGCCAAGUUCGUUUAUUCGAAAGGUGGGACGCCAGUCAACCUUACUGAUAAGCUGUUUGCUUUAACAAAUACUAUCAUGGCAAGGACCACCAUAGGUAAGAAAUGCAGAAGUGAAAAAGAUCUCUUGAGAUGUAUUGAUGGCAUCUUUGAAGAAGCAGGGGUUUUCAAUCUUGCCGAUGCGUUUCCUUCCUUUACUUUGCUUCCUGUAAUCACUGGAGCCAAGUUUAGACUUGAGAAAUUGCAUAGAGAGACAGACAAGAUACUUGAAGACAUCUUACGUGAACACAUAGCUUCCAAGGCUGCUUCAGACAAAGAUACCCGGAAUCUUUUACAUGUUCUUUUGGAUCUUCAGGAAAGUGGAAACCUUGAAGUCCCUAUUACCAACGACAGCAUCAAAGCUACUAUUCUGGAUAUAUUUAUCGCAGGGAGCGACACAUCUGCAAAAACUGUAGAGUGGGCAAUGUCAGAGUUGAUGCGAAACCCAAAAUUAAUGAAAAGAGCACAAGAAGAAGUGAGGCAAGUCUUUGGUGAGAAGGGGUUUGUUGAUGAAGCAGGGCUUCAGGAUUUAAAAUUCAUGAAGUUGAUUGUUAAAGAAACUUUGAGAUUGCAUCCUGUCUUUGCAAUGUUUCCAAGAGAAUGUAGGGAAAAGACAAAAGUCAAUGGAUAUGACAUUUCUCCUAAGACUACAAUGCUCAUCAAUGUGUGGGCAAUUGGAAGGGAUCCUAAUGUCUGGCCUGAUGCAGAGAAGUUCAACCCAGAAAGAUUUCUUGAUAGUUCAAUUGAUUACAAAGGUAAUAAUGCUGAAAUGAUUCCAUUUGGUGCAGGAAAAAGGAUAUGUCUUGGGAUGACAUUAGGUACACUUAUUCUAGAGCAUUUCCUUGCAAAACUACUCUAUCAUUUUGAUUGGAAAUUUCCUGAUGGAGUAACCCCUGAGAAUUUCGACAUGACAGAACAUUAUAGUGCUUCGAUGAGAAGGGAAACCGACCUUAUCUUAAUUCCUAUUCCAGUCCAUCCUUUGCCUACACACUAAAAGCAACAUGAAAAUUGUUAUUUCUUGUCUGCUCUCUUCUAUUAUAUUUCAGGCAUGUAACAAGUUAAGUUUAGGACUUGGUAUAAAUAUAAAUUGGAUUUGGAUGUUAAGUUCCAAUUCUUUCUUGUAAUAAUAAUGAAGAAAAAAAAUGCAUUUAAAGAGACUCUCUUUUCCUGCUUUUUAUUAAAA